UCUUCGAAGGCGCUUCCGGUUAAACUCAAGGGCAAAACUAUCACAUGUGCUGAAGCGUUAUAGACUUUAAUCUCCUCGAGUCAGUUUUAUAAAAUCUAUAUUGUGUAAGAUGGACAAUUUCGGUUCAGAUUUCUCUUCGGGUUCGUCAGGUAAAAUGGACACCGGCACGAUAAUGGAACAAGUCAAAGUUCAGAUCGCUGUUGCUAAUGCACAAGAGCUGCUGCAGAGAAUGACAGAUAAAUGCUUCAAGAAGUGCGUUGGCAAACCAGGAAGCACGCUUGACAAUUCUGAACAGAAAUGCAUCGCCAUGUGCAUGGAUCGCUAUAUGGACGCGUGGAACACGGUCUCUCGCACCUAUAAUUCCAGAUUACAGAGAGAACGAGCACGCAUCUAAUGCACACAUAGUGUUCGGUAUCACCUCUGUAUCACUAAAGUCCUCAGGUAGAGAUGCCUGGCCUCCACGACAGGUGCAUAGAUUUGACUCUCUAACCUCAAACCAACAGCUGAAGGCUACAGAUGGAACCAGGUGCACAGAUUUGAACUCUACAUGGACUUUUUAUCUUCUAAACAAUGUAUAAGAUGUAUAUUUGUCAUUAAAUAAUUCACAAAUUCAGAUGAUAAUAUGAUGAUGGGUUGAAUGCAUUUCUUAAGCUAUAAAUUAUGUCUAGAAUUAAUUUGGGCUCCGCCCAUUUUGUAUUCUAAUGGGAGGUGUCUCGAUGUUCAUUAUAAAUUGAAGAAUUGUCUCCUCCCCUUGCUCGUGGAUAAAGCAACUUAGUUUUUGUCACAAAAGGGGGAUUAAAAGCCACCUUUGUUGUAAUAAUUGUAGCUUCUUCACCAGAAGUCGUCAAACUAUGCUUCAGAACAAAAUGCAAUGGUCAGUCCUGGAGUGUCAUUUGUCUCAUAGUAUUUUAAGUACAGUUGCAUGUUUGUUCAGACACCCGUUCAUUUGCAAACCUUUGUGUUAAACUAGUUCACUUUGUGUACAAGCAUUUCACAAUUCUUUGAAUUUCCAUUGGUUUUGUGAUGGCUUGGACACAGACUGUACUGAGAGGUGUCCAGACAUAUUUUGUAUAAUUGUCACCCAGCUAUUAAUAAAUACCAUCAAACCA